AUGGAAUACACAGAAAAUGAAAGCCUUCGUCAAUAUCUAUCAAAGAAUUUUGAAAAAAUCACAUGGGAAGAAAAAAUAGCGAAAUUACAGCAAAUCGCAACUGGGCCGUUUAACGAUAGACAUAAGAGUUCGUUAGUGUUAGAUAUUAAACAAGGACUCCGACCAGAAUUAACUGAAGAUACCCCACCCAUUUUUGCCGAUUUAAUGAAAAGAUGUUGGAGUGCUAACCCAUCAGACCGUCCUAGCAUUCAUGAGAUUAAGAAAUGUUUUGACGAAUGGCUUUUGAGUUGA